CCCGCCUGCCCUGCUUUCAUGUAUCAAUCAUCGAGGCGUCUUUGUACAUCAGUAGUUCACCAUCACAAACACCCUCGGUCAGGACAAUCCUAUCCUCAUUUCCAACACUGUAUGGACUGGAACUCACCGACAUAGCCGCGCUACCCCAAUAUCCCGAUACCCCGUGACCCAGAAGUGACCAGGGGGUGGAGUAGGAUCCACUGGCCCUAGCGUACGGUAGCGUGGUCCCGUGAGGCUCCAGCCCCCUCACUCCAUUUUCCGAUGGAGUCAACCGCCGUUCCAGCCUCAGCCCCGACCUCCUCGUCGGAGGCUCCGAAGGCCACAUCUGAUGGUGGCGAAUGCUUACGAGGUCAGGUCUUCAAUGUCGGCCCUCGGUAUACGAACUUGCAAUACAUCGGCGAAGGAGCGUACGGCAUGGUGGUGUCGGCCUCGGAUCGAGAGACGCAAACUAAGGUGGCCAUUAAGAAGAUCUCGCCUUUUGAGCAUCAGACUUAUUGUCAACGUACGUUGCGCGAGAUUAAGAUCCUCACGCGAUUCAACCACGAAAAUAUCAUCGACAUCCGCGAUAUUCUGCGUGCCGAGAGCAUGGACCUCAUGCGCGACGUCUACAUCGUGCAGUGUCUCAUGGAGACUGAUCUAUACAAACUACUGAAGACGCAGCGUUUGAGCAACGAUCAUAUUUGCUACUUCCUCUAUCAAAUUCUCCGUGGAUUGAAAUACAUCCAUUCCGCCAAUGUACUCCACCGCGAUCUGAAGCCCUCGAAUCUCCUGCUUAACACCACGUGUGACCUCAAGAUCUGCGAUUUCGGUUUAGCCCGCGUGGCUGAUCCUGACCACGAUCACACAGGAUUCCUCACUGAAUACGUGGCCACUCGCUGGUACCGUGCGCCCGAGAUCAUGCUGAAUUCUAAGGGAUACACGAAAUCCAUCGACAUGUGGUCCGUGGGCUGCAUCUUGGCCGAAAUGCUGUCAAAUCGACCCAUCUUCCCUGGAAAGCAUUAUUUGGAUCAAUUGAAUCAUAUAUUGGGGAUCCUUGGUUCGCCAUCGAGCGAGGAUUUGAAUUGUAUAGUAAACGACAAGGCUCGAAGCUAUUUGCAAAGCCUCCCUUUUAAGCCAAAAAUCCCGUGGACGAGAUUGUACCCGAAUGCCGAUACCAAAGCACUUGAUCUUCUUGAGAUGAUGCUCACGUUUAAUCCCCAUAGUCGAAUCACGGUCGAAGACGCUCUCGCCCACGUCUAUUUAAAUCAGUACUACGACCCUCAAGACGAACCGGUGGCUUUGGAACCUUUUAAAUUCGAAAUGGAACUCGACGAUCUGCCUAAGGAGAGGCUUAAACAAUUGAUUUAUGAAGAAACGGGGGCCUUUAGCCCUCGCCCUCCACCCGAAUCGACCGGGGAUGAGGUGGAAGCCAUGCAGUAAGCCUAGUUGUAUUGCGGUGGCUUGGCGUAACAUCAUAACUUUGAAAUCAGGAGGCAUUUACGAACCACCACCCAACCCUCUGGCUGCCAGUAAUUAUCUCUUAAAAUCUCCACGUACUCCCCGUGUUAAAUCUGCGCCAACUAGUGUUUCAUUGGUUGUUUUUUCCUCCGAAAUCCAUGAGAUUGGCGAGCCUGGCACCGCCUUUCUUUCUUAACACAUCAGAGAUGGUGUUCCAAUGAAUUACGCAUUGAUCUGCUCCCGAUCAUUUUUAACCCAAGAUCUUAUUGAUAUCGUUCCCAGAAUAUAUAUAAAUGUAGCUCGGUA